UGUCUUCCUGGGAGCUUGGAGGAUCCCAAAACUGUGACACAUCACAAGCUGAUCCAUGCUACUUCUGAGAAGGUGCUGACAGACACAAAAACAGUGUUGGAGGAGAACAUUCAGGACAGAGAUGUUUUGCUGCUGGUCAAGAAGCGCGCGCCAACGCUGCUCCCCAAGAUGUCAGAUGUGGUUGCAGAGGAGAAAAGGAAGCAGGAGCAGAAGGCUCCUGACAAGGAUGCCAUCCUCAAAGCCACGGCCAACCUGCCCGCCCGCAGCGCGGACCGCAGCGUCACCCACCACAACAUGAGGGAUUUUCCUUUCUUGCAGUUCCAGACAGAGCUCCGGAAGAUUUUAGUGUCUCUCAUAGAAGUUGCACAGAAACUGCUAGCACUGAACCCAGAUGCAGUUGAACUAUUUAAGAAGGCAAAUGCCAUGCUGGAUGAGGAUGAGGAGGACAGGGUGGACGAGAUCGCGCUGCGCCAGCUCACCGAGAUGGGAUUCCCAGAGAGCAGAGCUGUCAAAGCCCUCAGGCUCAACCACAUGUCUGUGACCCAGGCCAUGGAGUGGUUGAUAGAACACGCUGAUGACCCUUCUGUGGAUGCUCCUCUGCCAGGUGCUGCUCCUGCAGAAGCCCCUGCAGAAGCCCCAGCUGAAGGUGCUGCCUCCUCAGCUGAGGCAGCUGCAGGGCCCAGCUCUGAGGAGGGCGGGGAGGAGGCCAAGGAUGAGCUGACUGAAAUCUUCAAGAAGAUCCGCAGGAAAAGAGAAUUUCGUCCAGACCCACGGGCUGUCAUUGCCCUGAUGGAGAUGGGAUUUGAUGAAAAGGAAGUGGUGGAUGCACUCAGAGUGAACAACAACCAGCAAAAUGCAGCUUGUGAGUGGCUGCUGGGAGACAGAAAACCUUCUCCAGAGGACUUAGAUAAGGGCAUUGACACCAACAGCCCUCUCUUCCAAGCCAUCUUAGAAAACCCAGUGGUACAAUUGGGGCUCACCAACCCUAAAACUCUACUAGCCUUCGAGGAUAUGCUUGAAAACCCCUUGAACAGCACUCAGUGGAUGAACGAUCCCGAGACGGGGCCGGUGAUGUUACAGAUCUCCCGCAUCUUCCAGACACUGAACCGCACGUAGAGGGAGCUGCCAGUGCACUGUGCCACCUCCCCCUGGCCUCACUCCCCCUCCACCUCCUCAGGAGGCUGCCUGGAUGCUUGGGAAGGGGUGGAGGGAAGGGAGGGAAGGGGGAAAUCCUGGCUGGAGGGGUCUCUCACACAAGAGAGUUCGUAGUUACGGCCAACAGGAGUGAGUUGCCUUGUGGAUUUAGUGUUAGUGGAAGAGGUUUGAGGAUUUGUUCAUGUUUUCAGGUAUUAGGUUUAAAAUAAAGUAUAUCUAUUAAAAAAAAAAAUAGGAAAAAGGUUUUGUGAAAACAUUUAAGAAUCUGAUUGUUGGAAAGAAAUAUUGCUCGUUCAAAAGGCCUGUGACAGUUUUCUGGCCAGUUUUGCUAGGAUCUGGCUGGUGUUUACAAAAGGUCACUGACCACUAGCAUAGGAUAUUAAUCAUCUCCAUACAGUAUUAAUUUAUAGCUCUUAUCAAAUUGCAAAACUGCUUUUUAAAAAAAAAAAAAAAUUGAUUCUUAGGAAAUGUUUUUUAAAAGCCCAAAUCUUGGGAAAGCAAGCACAUUUCUAUCCAAGCUUGUUUAUCUGGCAUUCUAAUUUAAGCAGAAUCAUUCAGAGAUGGAAUUCUAAUAAAUAGCAUUACUUUUUCCUAUUUAUUUGCUGCGUUAGUGUUGUUGCAGUCCCACUGGGGUUGUACUUGCAGGAGGUUCUCUGUCAGGUACCAUAAAGGUGCAGGAUCUCUUUCACCACAGAAUUCACCACAUCAAGGCUUGGAUUCCCAAGUGGCUGCAACUCCUAAGCUCACACUCUGCCAUAUCCCAUUGCAAGGAGGGAUAUGUUCACACAGUGGUUUUUUUUUUUUCCUAUUUUUAUGUGCACAGUUUUGGCAAGGGGCUUGUGGGGGUUUUAUUCUGUUUACAAAAAAAAAAGCAGCUGAAUUGCAUGGGGGGGUUUGCUGGGGUUCUGUAAAGCAGCAGAACCACACAGAUUUUUAUCUUGUUUAAGGUAUUUAAAGCACGCUUGAAAUUGCUAUCUUUGAGUUAGAAGUGGGGUUUUCUUUAUCCUUAUUUUUACCAUGGUCAUACCAAGAAUGUCAGGCUGGGUCUUUCCUAUUUUGCCAGAAGACUGACUUGAGAUUUCAGAGAGGAAUUCUGAGCUAUUAAGAACAGAACUCACUGUGAAUAUCCAGCUGGUGUUUAUGAUUGGGCUCUGCAGGUGUUACUUUUUUAGCAGUCUGCUAAAAAAAGGAGUUUAUUUUCAACUCAGUGCAACAUGAUUGACAUCUGUCAUCAUCCCUGCCAUGCCUUGUGCUUCACAGCCCUGCAGGAAAGGCAGAAGAGGCAAAAUUUGCAGAGAAAGCAGGUGGAGACCCUGUGCUUAAACAGCACAAAGUUUUCCUGUCAGACAGGGAGAUCCUGAGCAAGUCACCUCGGAGCUGUGGGAGGGAUUUAGGUGCAGUUGGGUUUUUUUAAACAAAAAUGCAGCAAGAUGCAACCUGAAACCCUACAACAAGUUUUGGCCUGAACUUGGCAUCUGCUCUGUGCUGUUAUGCAGCUGAGGCACUGAAGUUGCCAAUUUCUCAUCAUUAAUAUGAAGGGUGGGGAAAUCAAAACAGCCUGAGAUUUUAUCUUGUCUUACUAUCCCAGGAUUCUUUUAUUUUUUUUUUUAAUUUUGUAAUUUCAUAUUAAGCUUUACAGUUGAUGACUGCUGAAAUAUUUACUUCUACAUUUAGAAAUUCCAAGCUUUAUAGAGAUGUUUCUUCUGUUCAAAUUGGACAGUAAAACCAUUUUUGUGGGCUCUUGCUAAGAAUAGACUGAGAUGACAUGAAAUUAUAACCUUGUCCUGUAACUGAAGCCAGGAGCCUGAUCCUGCACCCCAGUGAGCUCAGCACAGCUACUCAUGAGUAGCUGUGACUGAAUAUUGUGGUCUUAUAAAAGGUUUUGAUUAUUUAAUCCUUUUUUUUUUGCUUACUCCUGAAGCUUUUUACCUGUAAUAAUACCAGAAGACUCUUUUACUUGAAGCUCUUAAUGUUAGAGAGAAAUGUCCCUCUCUACAGUUAGGAUUGUGGUUUAUAUUCCUUUUAAUGAGUGUUUUUAGAAGGCAAAGUUGGGAAAAGCUACCCUGUAGUUUGGUGGGAGGUUUUUUGGCUUCUGAAUGGAUAAGGAGAGGUUCAGAAUGAGCAAACAGAUCCUUUGGGGCAGUUGUGGCCCUUGAAGAAUGUAAAGGCUUGGGAAAUGCUGGGUUUGAUUUCAGGAGGCCAUGGUUGGACUGCAGAGCUCAGAAUGGCAGCAGCCCUCAGUGCCCCUGAGCUGAUAUAAAGGGUGGGGAAAAGCACCAGUAAAACAGAUUAUCCUGAUGUGAUAGGAGGUGAGAAUGCCCAGGUUCAGCAGCAGCAGCAGCUGGGAGACCCUAGAGAUAAAGGAAUUCUGCAUUUUAGGGUGCUGGGAGGCUUGAGAAGAUGUGGUUAUUUCUGGAUUUUGUUAUUGCAGAGCUCAACACUUCCACAGAUGAGCUGUUGUUUGGGAUGGCUUUAACAGAGCCCUGCUUGGCUUGUGACAGCUGAAGUUUGCAGUGGCCAAAAGCUGAAGGAGAGCAGAAUUUAGGAGGUGUGGUGUUUGCAGCAAGGCCCAGGAGUUGAUUUAAACCCAGCAAAAACUCUCCUGAUGAGGUUGAAGGAAUUGAUGCAGACAUCAGUGGUGCUGGGGUGUGAAUUACAGCAGGGGCUGUGUCCCAUCACCCCAGGGCUGGGAUUGCUGUUCAUCCCAGAAAAUGCAGAGGGGAGUUGAGUCCCCUGUGCUUGGAAAGGCCCAGUUUUUGGAAAACCUGCAAAAGCUGAGGUGUCAGCACUCUGGAGCUGGAAGGUGCAGCCAUGGGGCACAGGGAAUGUGAGAGGCUUUGCCUGGUGAGGAGCUGUGCUGUCCCUGGGUGCAGUGAGAGAUCCCUGAACACACAGCAAGGAUUUUUGUUCAAUAAAACCAGCAGGGUUUGUGAGGAAGAGGUGCUCCCAGCAGGGAGGAUUUACAGGCUCAGGUCCUGUGCUUGCACCUUGGGUGUUCAAGUUCCAACUAGCACAGACAUGUCAGAGUUAAUUUUCUCUUAACAUGGUCAAGAGAAAAUUAUUGGAAGCCUGGCAGAUGGAGCAGGAAAGGGAUGGGGUGGUGGGUGACUAAUAGUGUGAUUCUUACAGUUCCUGCUCUUUGCCCCACUGGCAGCCAGACAGUCUUGUACCUUUUGAUGUUGCAGGCCUCUUGCAAGUAGCCAGCUAUUUAUUGAAAUAUAUCUAACUUAUAAUUGUGUCACCAAAACACUGAUGUUUUUAAUGGCAAUGUAUUACAUGGAAGUUUGUUCUCAGGGCUUCGUAUUUAUACUCCUUUUUUAGGGGGAUGCAUUUAAAGGGAUGUAUUUGGAAAAGAGGCCAGUGGCUACUUUACAGCUUGGACCUUGAUUGUCCUGACCUGUGAGCCUGAGCUGCUGUAACUCUCCUGCUGAACCUCUGUCCCUGCUCCAGCCCAAAGAAUCUGCCAUUCCUCCUCUCCUGGUGAGCAGGGACGUGAGUCUUCCUUUGGGAUUGCUGCAUCCCUGCAUGGCAAUGGUCACACAGGAUCACCCUGCUGGGCUUUGCUCCAUCUCAAGGACGUUUGUGCUCUCCAUGCAGCUGCAGAGUGGACUUGCACAGUUCCCAAGGCAGCCAUCAGGGCAUUCCUCCUCUGGGAAGGUGGGAGAUUCUCUCCUGCACGAGUUCCAGGGCCUCUCCUCCUCUGGGAAGGUGUGAGAUUCUCUCCUGCACGAGUUCCAGGGCCUCUCCUCCUCUGGGAAGGUGGGACCUUCUCUCUGCACGAGUUCCAGGGUCUCUCCUCCUCUGGGAAGGUGUGAGAUUCUCUCUGCACGAGUUCCAGGGUCUCUCCUCCUCUGGGAAGGUGGGAGCUUCUCUCUGCACGAGUUCCAGGGUCUCUCCUCCUCUGGGAAGGUGGGAGAUUCUCUCUGCACGAGUUCCAGGGCCUCCAGCUCGUGGCUGCUUCUUGGCAGCCCCUGUCACAGACCUGACCCAAAGCUUGACACACCCCUGCCCCUUUCUUUCCUCCUCUCCUGGAACCAAACUUCCAUUUCAGAGAUUUGAUUUUCAUAUCCAAGCAACUCUUUAGUGGUUCUUGAAAUGCUUUUUUAGUUAGGACUGUUACAAUUAUCUUUUUGUAGGCGUUCACACCAAAACAAGCAUCGCACCAAACGAAUGUAUAGCGACACUGUCAGCAGACAUUGCCUGGGGAAGGGGCACAGGUUACUGUGAGCUCUGCUCCAGGGGCAGUUUUCCCAAAGGCUUGUGCAAAGGAUAGCCAGUGUUUCAUCCAAAGGAACCAUCCUGGUUUUCUACUUUUAAUAAUAAAUACCAUUUUUAUUAACCAACAGAACAGCUUCCAGCUGGUAUUUCCAUCCAACUGAGAGUCCUGGAGCUUUAGGGCUGGAGAUCCUGCCUGGAUCCCCCUCUCUGGGCCAGCUCCUCCUUGGAAGGGUUUGUGCUGGCUGUGGCAGGGCAGUGGGGGCAGUGCCCUCCUCCCUGCACGGGGUGUUACAUCCAUGUGAAUGUUCUCAUGGUGGUUCUCGCCUCCAUCCCCACAUCCUGUGUAGCAAAAGGGUUUUUUUUAAGGACCUCUUGCCCUAGAUUUGAAGAUCUUCAAUGCAGAUCCUGUUUGCAGCAUGUGAACUUCAGGAAAUGUAAAUGCAUUAAAUUCUUACUGAAUUUGGGUAUAGUUUUAUAUCGAGCUCUGGGGAGAGGGAGGAAAUUGGAUCACGUUUUAAACGAAGCCCCACAAACCCAAAUGUCUCUGUUGCAGCAGGUAACAGAGGCCUGUAGAGAUUUUUAAUUUGCAUAUUUUUAUCAUGGCUUAAUGAACUGUACACGAAUGUGAUUUGCUACCCAGCACUUCCCACGAGGCAGCACCAGUAAAAUUACAUUGCAAGGUACUGACUUCACAUUUUCUCAUUUCACCUGUGUAUACAGCAAUUAGGUACUGCGUAGGAUAACUUUGAUCUGGCUCUGAUGCCGGUGUGUGGCAUGCACAGCUCUUCCUAAGGUGUAACAUUACUUUUCUGAAGCUUAAACUAGGGCAGACAUCCCUGAGCCUGUGGAAUUUGGGAUUCAUUCUGGCCACGCUCGCGUGGGUCGCUGACCCCUCCCUGAGCAGGAAAACCAGCAGGAUUUGCUCCCUGCAGAAAUCCUCCAGGCCAAAAGCAAGGAAUGCUGCUGAUUUGUGAUCAUUUGAAGCAGUUGCUGUUCUGAAAUAUAUUCCUGGAAGGUCAGGGAGGUGUUGGCAAAGCCAGACCUGUUCAGCCUGGAAUUGUUUUGUGUGGAGAUGUGGAACCCAUGGCCAGGGCUGGAGUGAAUGCUGAGACUUUAAACCUGCUCACACAUAACCCCAGACACUGAUGUUGUGUGUGCUGUACAUUUAUAAUAUAUCUUCAAAAUAAAGUUUUUUGAUUUAUUA